AUGGGCGGCACAUCCGUGUCCCUCUCUCUGCCGUCCCCCACCCCUCUGCCGUUUCCCCCUAUCCCCCCCCCCCCCCCACCUCCCGGGCCCCCUUAUCUGCCGUCCCCCACCCCUCUGCCAUUCCCCCCUAUUUCCCGCCCCCCCCAUCCCCCGGCCCCCCCUUAUCUGCCGUCCCCCCCCUCUGGUAGCACCCCUAGCAGCACCACCAAGAAAGUAAGGCUGCUCUUAUCACGUGGCUUUUCCACCUCCUCUUCACCAGUGCGGCCCACCCAGCACAGCUUUCAGCCUUCCCCUUUUCUGUACUACCCCCCCCCCCCUCUUCUUUCCCCCACCCCUGUCUGCCCCCACAUUGGCGGCACCCCUAGCAGCACCACCGAGAAAGUAAGGCCGCUCUUCCACCUCCUCUUCACCAGUGCGGCCCACCCAACACAGGAUAAUAGUGGUGUUCUGAGGCGUCUCAAAACAUCACUUGUAUCACGUGGCUCGUCCACCUCCUCUUCACCAGUGCGGCCCACCCAACACAGGAUAAUAGUGGUGUUCUGA